AUGUGGAAGGAAAAUAUCACCAAUAUCAGCGAGUUCAUCCUGGUCGGCUUCCCUACUGCUCCUUGGCUGCAGGUUCUUCUCUUCUUCCUCUUCCUCAUCACCUACUUAUUUGUGCUGCUGGAAAAUGUGGUCAUCAUCUUCACUGUGUGGGUCACUGGGUCCCUGCAUAAGCCCAUGUACUAUUUUCUAGGUACCAUGUCCUUUCUGGAGGCCUGGUAUAUAUCUGUCACAGUCCCCAAGAUGCUGGCUGGAUUUCUACUUCAUCCCAAUACUAUCUCCUUCCUGGGAUGCAUGACCCAGCUCUACUUCUUUAUCUCCCUCGCCUGUACUGAAUGUGUGCUUUUGGCGGCCAUGGCCUAUGACCGUUAUGUGGCCAUAUGUUGGCCUCUUCGCUAUCCUGUCAUGAUGACCACAAGGCUUUGUAUCCAGCUGACCAUCAGUUCCUGGGUAAGUGGCUUCACCAUCUCCCUGGCAAAAGUACACUUCAUCUCCCAAGUUGGUUUCUGUGACAAUAAUAUCUUGAACCACUUUUUCUGUGAUGUGUCACCUAUACUUAAACUGGCCUGCAUAAACUUAUCUGUGGCAGAGAUGGUAGACUUUGUGCUAGCCAUCGUCAUACUUGUGUUUCCUCUUUCAGCCACUGUCCUUUCCUAUGCUUUCAUUGUCUCUACCAUCCUGCACAUACCCUCGGCCACUGGACAGCGGAAGGCCUUCUCCACCUGUGCAUCUCACCUUACAGUGGUGGUCAUUUUCUACACAGCUGUGAUCUUCAUAUAUGUCCGACCUCAAGCCAUUUCUUCAUUUAAUUCUAACAAAUUGAUUUCAACCAUAUAUGCAGUCUUUACUCCCAUGCUCAACCCUAUCAUCUACUGCCUGAGGAACAAGGAGGUCAAGGAUGCCAUCAGAAAAACCAUAACAAGUGUCCGAUCCCUGUUCUUGAGAGAUUCUUUUUGCUGA